AUAUCGAAUUCAUUAUCGAUUUUAUUGCUGAAAAAAAUGGCGGAUAUCUCGUUCUCCAGUCGUGCGUACUGUAAAAUCAUUUUACAUGCUGCUAAAUAUCCUCAUUGCGCGAUAAAUGGAUUGUUAUUAGCUAAACAGAAUAAUAAACGUGACAAUAAAUCUGCCCAAUUACGUAUCGAGGAUGUAGUUCCACUAUUUCAUAUUUGUCUUCAUGUUUCACCUAUGGCGGAAAUUGCUUUGACGAUGGUUGAUCAAUUUGCCAUUAGUAAAGGUUUGGUGUUAGCAGGUUAUUACCUAGCAAACGAAAAUAUAAAUGACUUGAGUACAGAUAAACCUGCUCACAAAAUAGCGGAUAAAAUAGCAGAGAAUUGUGGCAAUAGCUUACUUGUAGUGGUGGACAAUAAGGAAAUUACACUCAGUAUGAGCUCAAUUCCCUUAAGAGUUUCACAAUUUGUAGAUGGCAAAUGGAAACUUAAAGAUAUAUCAGAUAUAUUAUAUGAUAAAGGAGCAACUCAUACAUUUGUAUUAUAUGCUUUACUAAAAGCAGAAAAAUACAGGAAUCUUGUUGAUUUUGAUAAUCAUCUCGAUGAUAUUUCCCUUGAUUGGCAAAAUCGUAAACUUAAUAAAAUCAUUGAAGAGUUUAUAGAGAAAUAUAAAGAUAUUCAAUCUAAAGUAAUUAAUAAAUAAGAAUGUAUUUUAAUUUAUUAAUAUAAAAUAUUAAUGUUGAAAUUUUUCUGCAAAAAUUUCAUUUGUACAAAAUAAUAACAAUAGGUAACAGUAAUUAUUUAUAUUUAUUAUACGUAUAUCAUUAUAUGUUCUAUCAUUUUUUGACUAUUAUCAUAAUUAUUAAUUUAUAAUAAAAUUCAAAUUUAAAACCAAUUUAAUCAGAUAACAAUUUUUGUAUUAAUUUCUAGUAUAUGUAUUCAAAAAAUAAAUAUUAAAACAUUUAAAAAAGUCAGUUUUAUCGUUAUAAUAUUUAGUUUCUUAUAAAUUAUUUCGGAAUUAAUAAUUUUACUGACAAUAAAAUCACCUAUUGUAAUUAUAACAUAGUUGUAAUUAUAAUUAAUUAGUUUAUAUUAUUUGAUAUACACAAUAUUUAAUUUUAAUCUAAAAAUGCAAAUUAUUAGUAAACUAAUCUAAAUUAUAUGAGAAAUGGUUUAAAUAAAGAUUGAAUAGUUUCAAGGAAGUUGUAAUCUAGAGUCUAGAGUAAUUAGUUUUCUUUAUAUGAAAAGUUUUGUAAAAUCUAUUGUAUCAAAGACAAAAACAACAUGAACAUCGUUCGUAUCUUCUCUUGCCUUGCAUGUCUAUACACACACAGACAGUUACUUAUAAAAUUAAACGUAUAGUUUAGUUUUAAAUGUUUUAUUUAUUCAAUUAAUAAAUUAAACAAGUAUUGCUUUAUCCAUAGGAAAACAAAUCAUUUUUGUUGUUCCAAAUUGUCAAAAAAUGUAAAAUUAUUGCAUUAUUUAAUAAGAUAUUUACUAUAUUAUACAAUCAAUUUUUAAAUCAAAUCUAAACUCUAAAAUAAAAAUUUGCUUUUCAGAAUGUAAAUGAAAGUGAAUUAAAUUGUUUAUAGAAGAUCGACAAAAAAUAGACAAUUUUGUCACAUAUUUAGUUUUUACAUUAUAUGAUAAAAGUUCUAUCAAAAAAUUGAAUAGUUUUUUAAAUUAAUAAUUAAUAAUUUAAAAAUAUAUUUUAUGAACAAAAAUACAGAAAUGCAAUAUUUUAUCAUUAGAAGAUUGAACAGGAGAGAAUUGAUUAAAAACUAUGUUUUGAAUAUGAUUUUACUGUUUAUUAACAAAAAUAUACAUGACUGAAAAAAACAGAUAUUCAUAUUUCUAUCAGGAAAUUAGUAAUAAAGUUGUGUAAUAGGAGAAUAAAUUCUUUUAAAAAAAUUAGAAAAAUAAUAGAUAGGUGUCAUUCUAUUAUGCAGAAAAUUAUAAAUAACUAUCCAAGCAUCGGUACACGCAAAAGAGAGAAGAAUUUUUAGGUAAAAUUGACGAAAAAUAUUUAGUUAGGCAAACGAAUGUAAAUCCUAAAGUGUCAAAGUCAAUAAUAGAUGUUUCACAAAUAAACGAUUGUAUCAUUGAUUAUUAGGACUUAA